GUCACAGCAGUGUCACAGUAGAGACAGAUAUUCUCAUUGAUACCUUGGUGGACAGCUGUGGAACAGCAUUUUGCUGAGGAGGCAAGCUCUUGGCUGUGAUAUUACAUUGCAGUCAUGGCGCCUAAGAAGAAGAAUGUCAAAAAGAACAAAGGAGAUAUCAAUGAGAUGACCAUAAUUGUGGAGGAUGGCCCCCUAAGUAAACUAAAUGGUUUGAAUGGACUCUUAGAUGGUGGGAAUGGUUUCAGCUGCAUUUCAACUGAGGUUUCUGAUUCGUCUUAUAGCCCAAAUCUCUUGGACGGUCUAAGUAGAAUGAGACAGGAAAAUUUUCUUUGUGACUUGACCAUCAGUACAAAAACCAAAUCCUUCAGUGUCCACAAGGUGGUGAUGGCUUCAUGCAGUGACUAUUUUCACAACAUCUUAAAGAAAGAUCCAUCCACUCAAAGAGUGGACCUCAAUGAUGUAUCUCCAUUGGGCUUAGCCACUGUUAUCACCUAUGCCUACACUGGAAAACUUACUCUUUCACUGUAUACAAUAGGUAGUAUCAUUUCCACAGCAAUCUAUCUUCAGAUUCACACUCUUGUAAAGAUGUGCUGUGAUUUUUUGAUACAAGAAAUCAGUGUUGAGAAUUGCAUGUACAUUGCCAAUAUUGCAGAGACAUAUGGACUAAAAAACACCAAAGAAGCAGCGCAGAAAUUUAUUAGAGACAACUUCAUUGAAUUUUCAGAAACAGAUCAAUUCUUAAAACUUACUUUUGAUCAGAUCAAUGAACUCCUUGCAGAUGACGACUUGCAGUUGCCUUCUGAAAUUCUUGCAUUCCAGAUUGCAAUAAAAUGGCUGGAAUUUGACGAAAAAAGAGUAAAGUAUGCUGCAGAUCUCUUAAGCAACAUUCGUUUUGGUACCAUAUCUGCUCAAGACCUGGUCAAUUAUGUUCAAAAUGUACCAAGAAUGAUGCAAGAUGCUGACUGCCAUAGACUUCUAGUGGAUGCUAUGAACUAUCACUUGCUUCCAUAUCAUCAAAAUUCACUGCAAUCUAGAAGAACAAGGAUUCGUGGAGGUCUCCGAGUAUUAGUCACUGUUGGGGGACGCCCAGCACUAACAGAAAAAUCCCUUAGUAGAGACAUCUUAUACAGAGAUCCUGAAAAUGGAUGGAAGAAGCUUACUGAAAUGCCUGCUAAAAGUUUUAAUCAGUGUGUGACUGUGAUGGAUGGAUUUCUCUAUGUAGCUGGUGGUGAAGACCAGAAUGAUGCCAGAAACCAAGCCAAACAUGCAGUCAGCAAUUUCUGCAGAUAUGAUCCUCGUUUCAACACAUGGAUUCACCUGGCAAAUAUGAAUCAGAAGCGUACCCAUUUUAGCCUGAAUGUAUUCAAUGGCCUCCUUUUUGCAGUGGGUGGUCGGAACUCUGAUGGAUGUUUAUCCUCAGUUGAAUGCUAUGUGGCUGCAAUUAAUCAGUGGCAAAUGAAGGCCUCAUUAGAGGUAGCAAGGUGUUGCCAUGCUAGUGCAGUAACAGAUGGCAGGAUCUUGGUUACAGGAGGUUAUAUAAAUAAUGCUUACUCCCGCUCUGUGUGCAUGUAUGACCCCAGCAAUGAUAGCUGGCAGGAUAAGUCAAGCCUUAGCACUCCAAGAGGAUGGCACUGCUCUGUGACCCUGGGGGAGAGGGGCUAUGUCAUGGGUGGGUCUCAACUGGGAGGUAGAGGUGAAAGGGUUGAUGUCCUCCCUGUCGAGUGUUUCAACCCUUACACUGGGCAAUGGACCUAUGCUGCUCCCCUUCAAACUGGAGUAAGUACUGCAGGUGCUUCAACUCUUAAUGGGAAAAUUUACUUAGUGGGGGGCUGGAAUGAAAUAGAAAAGAAAUAUAAGAAGUGCAUUCAGUGCUACAAUCCAGAUCUUAAUGAAUGGACUGAAGAAGAUGAAUUGCCCGAAGCUACAGUAGGAGUAUCUUGUUGUACCAUUUCCAUGCCCAGUAACAAAACAAGAGAGUCCAGGGCUAGCUCAGUAUCUUCUGUGCCAGUCAGCAUUUAAACAUUAUAAUUAGAUAUAAGCCACAAUAAAUUAAAAUGUUUACCUA